AGUAUUUGUCCCUUUUGGAAGAAUCUGGGUUAUGUUGUGUGGCUGGGUUCCUUGUCACUCCGUGUUGAAAACUCGCAACAUUAGCGCCUUCACUCGUCACUCGCCUCCUUUCUCUUUCUCUCCAAACCAGAGAAUAACCUGCAUGGACGCCGCCGGCUUAGAUAACAAUGGCCGCGAAUACACCACCGCCGACGAGAUGUGGAGGGAACAAGCCGGUGACCUUAACAAGAAAACCCUCUGGUACCGUGAAGGCGUCUCCUACUGGGAGGGUGUUAAUGCAACCGUGGAGGGAGUAUUGGGAGGGUUUUCAGAUGUGAAUGAACCAGAUAUUAGUUGCAGUGAUGAGUUCUUGAAGAAUCUCUUAUCUGAACGUUUUCCUCCUGAUGGGAAAAAUCAACCACUCGUUGCUCUCGAUUGUGGUUCUGGCAUUGGUAGGGUUACCAAAAAUCUAUUAAUAAGACACUUCAAUGAGGUUGAUCUUCUUGAGCCUGUAUCACAUUUCUUAGAGGCUGCACGUGAAACGCUGACCUCUGGAGCUUAUGCAAAUUCAGAUAUGCACAAAGCAGUCAAUUUUUAUUGUGUGCCUCUUCAGGAUUUUACACCAGAUAUUGGAAGAUAUGAUGUAAUAUGGAUUCAAUGGUGUAUUGGUCAUCUCACAGAUGAUGAUUUUAUUACAUUUUUCAAGAGGGCAAAGGUCGGCCUUAAACCAGGGGGACUAUUUGUCCUAAAGGAGAAUAUUUCUAAAUCAGGAUUUGUGCUUGAUAAUGAUGACCGAAGCGUUACAAGGUCUGAUUCAUACUUCAGAGAACUCUUUUCUAGAUGUGGCUUGCAUAUUUACAAAGCAAAGGAUCAGAAAGGAUUCCCGGAUGGAUUAUUCGCUGUGAAGAUGUAUGCAUUAACUACAGAAGCUCCAAAGAAGGUGCAUCGUACUAGAUCUAAAACACAAUCUAAUAGGCCUGGGAAAAUCAUGUGAUUUACUUCUAUUGUGGGUUUUGAAUGUCAGUUAAAAGUUAAAACCCCAUUUUCUUCAUGUUGUAAUUUUUUUAGUUUUAAUUAUAAAUGUUAGAGAGCUUAAAGCAUACUUUCUCAGCCCCAAAAGAAAAAAGAAACAUAUUUUUGUUUGGAAGUAUAUUUCGAAUAACAGAAAAAUAGUUUUGUUGA